AUGCCUCUCCCACAAGCACAAUUAUUCGAAGAUGAAUUUCCCCUGGUUCGCACUUGUCCUGCCAUCAACGAAAUUCGCCUCACCGGGGAAAUUAAAGAUCUCACCAUUGAGGUAGCUGACCCUGCUCUUAUCCCUCUUUACACAGACAUUUGUGGUGUAGGUGAAGGACGGAGUCGCGCUUCACGCACACAGGAUAAUACUAGCAGCUCGCAUCCCUUCAUUUCGAGCGACCCUCAGUGGUCCUCUCAGGGAGGGAAAUUCGGUUCUAAGAUGGCCGACAGUGCCUGUGAGGUAAAUAUUCCGCGUGUUAUCGGCUUUCCUUGUUACUUAUGCAUUUUUUAGCCUAGCGACUACACUCAUUAACUAUGCGUAUACCGGUCAGGUGGAGAUUACGCAAGCAAAUGUGGAGGGCAUAGUUAUGUUUGCAAGGAUGGUCAAGCUUCCUGUGCUUGAGACUUGGGCAGUGCAAUUUAUGCUCAACAAGUAUAUAUUCCGAAUUCGUCCUGUUUACCUCUUCGUCCCUAGUGUCAAUUUGGAGAAUCUGGCAGCCACAUGGGACAUUUCCAGGUCUUUGAAUGUGGGAGUACUGACGGAAGCCUGCGUCCAACGAAUGAGGGAGGGCUUUGAGAGUUUCAUUUAUAGUGACCUAUUUGUUCGCUUGCCAGCGGAUACUGUGCUCAGUCUGCUUCAAAGCGACAGUCUGUCAGUUAAUUCUGAAGAACAAAUUCUGGCAGCCAUUUCGCGUUGGAUAUGCCCUAGCGGAGAGAUUAAUGAUGAGAAGUUGAAGUUUCACGCUCCGGCAAUGUUGAAGGAAGUUCAGUGGGACCGGACGACUGUGCACUUCCGCAAACGCCUACUGGAGCGUUAUCCAAUGUUCACGGAUAAUCCCGGAUGUGCGUGAGUAUAUGCGGUUCGAGUUUGUUAUUUUAUUAAUGGAAGUCGACUUAUACUUUCAGUUGAGCAGUGGAUAGGCGCUGCAGACAAGGACGAGCUUCCAUGUCCCUUUACUGAACACAGGAGACCAUCUCUGGCAUUCUUUCUCUUUGGAAAGGAUCGAAGUGGCGACAAGUGGUCUGUCCUCCGUUUUGACUCACACCUGCAAAAUGAAGAACGAGUUGCCGACAUGGAAAUGCGCUAUGGCGCCACGUACAGUGUCGUGGGGGUGAGUUGACUGACAUACUGUCACCUAAAUUGGCAUGCUACUGAGAACAUAGUAGACAAUUCUGGUAAUUCAGUUUGCUCAGCUUCGCACUGCUUACCUGUUAUCUGAUGUAUUUUUCAGCGAAUAACCUCCUCUAGGAUUUUUUGAGAAAUUUCAAAAAUUUCUGCUUUCCCGAAUUACAACUACUCGUGCCAGUACGCUUAAUAUCUCAUAACUGAUUGAAUCUUAGUGUUGAUAUCCGGAUCACAAUGUCUAUUCUGUAUGCAAUUUAUAUUAUGGUGAAAUGUGUACGUCGUGGUAAAAUAUCUGUGCGCAAUCAGUCUUGCCAGAGGGUAUGUGUCGGUCAGGGAUAUCAGACCAAACUGUCAACUUGUAACAUGGAUUCUACAGAUUUCGGAAACUACUGACUCUGUGUUGCAUCUGUAGGAACAGAACGCAGUGCAUGUAGUAACUCCCCCAGCAACAGUUGAUGCAUAUAAAUACUUCAGUCAAUACUUCACAUUGGUACAGGAAUCUGUUUCGUGAGAGUGGCUGACACAGUGAUAGCACAGCUGACAGACUGGGACGUAUACAUGUCUAGUCCGAGUUGCGGGAGUUGGAGGGUGAUAACUGAUUUGUGGGACUCCACACUACCGAAUAUAGCUGGUCGGUCAGUGCCUAGGGAUGAGCACGGUAAUCAAUAAUUCGUGCACGCUGACAUUCAUUGUAUUGCCUCAACAUGAUUGGACGUUUGGUACCGCUUUUGCUGGCUUACUGAGUCUUGAGAUUUUCACGCGGUUGUUUUGUGUUUUCACAUGAUAGCCACCUCAACAUCGUCCCAAAUGAAGCGUUGGCAACUUUCUAGUGACUUCGCAAAGAUGAGGACAGCGCCUGGCGCCAACCGAUGGCCAGUUGGUGUUCGCAAGUGAGAAUGUCACUGCGUCGAUGCAUGUGUGGGCAACGAACAAACAGAGACACUAAACGAAUGGAAUACGAAAGAAGUCACUCGUCAUUUGUCUUGGGAGCGAGAAUACUGCUCGCAAGUAGAAUGUUGGCUUGGGUAAGCCGACUUCAAAAAAGGCCAUGACCUAAAGGAUCGGCUGUGAGAAACCGACUCACACGUUGGACAAAGCUAAAGAGAAUCGGCCCUAGUGGAGAUAUUUUGUAGCCUAAAUCCGUUUUGUUGUGUCCAUUGUUUUCAAACAACAGCUGGCAUUACCGACUUCAGAGUUUUCUGGGACUCUGCGUUCAGAGUUCACAGACACAGCACUUCGACCGUCGCCUCUGGCGAUGCCUACCGUGUGUCCCACAACAGGAUGGGAGCAGGGACGGUGACUUGCGUAGUGGACUUGCGCUGCAUCUGCCACACGCUCCUCCUCCCCCACCUGUCAAGGCAGAGUCAAGAAGACCGGAGACGGGGGAGAGCGCAGGUGGAUGGCACGGUCCUGCCCGCAGCUCGGCGUUCCACUCCACCCCCCGCCCCUGGUUCACACCUCAAAUAACCAAGUUUUUUGACCAGCAACAGCAGAAAGAGUGGAGGCUGGCACGGCCUAAGCCGCGCCUUGGCGUGCCGCCAACGCCCGGCUCGGAUUCCACCCAUUGGGAAUGCCAUAAAGGCCACAUUAAGAAGGAGUCAUUGCAGCCUGACUCGCAGACCUCCACUCGAGGUCCAAGUUAGUCAGUCAGUUGGCAACCUUCCAAGGCACGGCUUUUAGCGCACCGUGAUAACUUCAAGCGCGUCAGACUGUUUAUAGUGAGGAGGAAAGUGCGAUGAGUCGUCUACCUCACUCCUGACCUACCUGUCCCCUCACACCUCGGCCUUGUUCGAAUUCUGGACGGACGGAUAACAAAGGCCUAUAAAUACAUAUCUUCAUUCUUCGAACGCUAACUAUUCCCUUACAACACUUUAUUUAAAAAUUGAUGUUGUCAUUUACAUUAACCUUUAAAAGUGUAUUCGUAAGAGUCAACAUAUACAGUGCUUGACUAUAAAAUAGGUACACAUUAAUAUCGCAAAUAGGCAUAUGUACGUCUACUGUCCGCUACUCUGCCCCCUUCCAAGGCCUGUCAGUGUGUGAUAUGUCAUGAUCAGCAAACCAUGGCCCUCGCGGGCUGGUGUGCGCCGGCAGUUCUCCGGUGCCUGGUUCUCUGGCUUGCGCUUCCGCUGGGUAAACAGGUCGUGUGCAUGGCUGUUUCCUGUUAUUGGUGUUGUAGGUCAAAGUAAUGGUCAAGCGUUUGUUCUGAGAUUGGUGGGAGUGGAGUGUAGCCCCCGUGGCAUUCGCCUCUGACCACCCCGGGCCUAGUCAAUUGAUAAAGUGACCGAAUUUUUAAACCAAGUCGAGAAAAUCCAAGCGAACAGACCGCGUUAGAACGGACUUCAUCAUCAAUGCGGUUGAGAGAAGAUCGAAGGCAGUGGGUGAAAAGUCAUUUAGUUCAGUCGAAACUCACACCAGUUCGAGUCUCCGCGUAAACGUUAUACAAACACCAACGUAAACAAAAGUGAAUAAAUGCGAGUCUGGAGCCAUUGUAGCCUGACUCUCAGACCUCCAAUCGAGGCCCAAGUUAUCCCGUCAGUUGGCAACCUUCCAAGUCACGGCUUUUAGCGCAUCGUGGUAGCUUCAAGCGUAUCAGAAUGUUUGUACAGAGGAAAGUGCGCUGAGUCGUCGAUCUCACUCUCCCGUCCCAUUCCCGUGCCUAAGCCACUGUCCGAGCUGGCCAGUUUACUGCAGCGGGCAAUAGGCUUGGUGGCUCUAGUUGUCUAUUGACCUUGUCUGCACGCGCCACAUACACGACCUGCGCCGCAUACACAAGCACCAGGAUUUUAUAUAACGAGAGUGGAGUGGCGUAUCUAUUACAGGCAUGGGAGUGUCGUGGAAGGAGCUGUUUCGGCCCGGCCCCCAGCUCACCAGUUUGCCACUCCCUACAACACACACACAGCUGGACGGACUGCGUGGACCGAGUUGAGCCGUCAGUCAGCAGCCUUCCAAUCCGCGACGCUUGACCUGUCGGGACGGCCUCCGGUUCGGGUUACCCGUGCAACAGGAGCCACACGGAGACCGAGUCGAGUCGCACACUUCCCACUUGCGUGAGAGGUGGCAGGUGGGUGCUUGCGGUGGGUGAUGCUGAUGUACGGUGAGAGGGUGGUGUGGGAGGAUGUGAUGCUGUGAUGCAGCUGGCGGCUGUCUACGGCAGGAUAUCGUGAAUGCGCGCGUGGCCGAAUAGGCCCAUGCGGUGCGUGAAAGUGCGAGGGCAGUGUGGACAGUGGAGAAAAGUGCGGUGGGUGUGGGCUGGUGCUCCAGGUACUGGUUGCCAGGCCUUAUGCGAUGGAUUCCCAAGUGACCGACCAGACCGACGCAUGAGGUGAAGGUGCGGUCGCAGUGAGGGCAAGUGCAGUCCAGAUCCUCAUCUCUAGUGUCGACGGGGGUGGUGUUGGUGUGUGCUGCUGUUUCAGGAUUGAGUGCAGCGUCGAUGUGCGUGGCAGAUGCCAAAACGGCAGGCUUUUAAGCAGCAGUGGAGGAUAUGGAGGUGUAGGAGGAGGAGGAGAAGAUGAAGGAGCAGGAUUGAAGUGUUGGUUCAGGAAGACGGUCGGAAAACGUUGACGGACAGAUGAAUAGGUUAAGAAAGAGACGACGGUUUGGUGCGGUCGGAGUUGUGCAUUUGAUCCGAAGGCGUUCAACAAGUCCAAUGGGCGCCCGGAAUAUCCGUUGACACCGUUGACACGUUGGAGGCGGUUGUGCGUUGACAAUGCGCGGCGGGCGCAACUGAGACUUGCAUGCUUCGCGUUUGACUUUCGCGGUGGCAAUGCGGUUGGCUUUUUAGAUCGCAGCGCCUGUCUUCACUGUCCUCCUUCAGGUCGGUCGGUCUCGGGCGAGGUCUUCCCAGUUGGCCGCAUUGAUUUGCAGACGCUUCAUGGAGGACUUCAGGGUAUCCUUGUAUCGACGAAUUUUGCCUCCUUGGUGGCGGGAACCCGUGGCGACGUCUCCGUAGAAGAGUCGUUUGGGUAGCCGCUUGUCGUUCAUGCACAUUAGGUGGCCGUUCCAACGCAGUUGCAGUUGUCUCAGCAUGGCGUAGAUGCUGAGGAUUCCCGUCCGUUGCAGUACUUUAGAGUUUGAGAUUCGGUCCUGCCACCUGAGAUUCAGUUUGCCGCAAGGACAACUGAGGUGGAGGUGGUUGAGUCGGCGUACCUGCUUAGUGUAUAUCGUCCAAACCUCUGCACCGUACAGCAGCGUCUGCAGGAUGACGGUCUUGUAGAAUUGUAUUUUCGUGUUCAGCCAAAGACCGUGACGAUUCCAAACUGUGCUUUGAAGGCGGCCGAAGGCUUGACUGGACUUCGAAAUCCGGGGGGCUACUUCGUCGUCGAUUUUCGUGCUGCGGUACAGGGUACUGCCCAGAUACGGGAAGUUGUCCACCACAUACAGUUGGGUUCUGUUCACGCUGAUCUGAGGCGCAUUGUGUGCAGGGCCUGUGUUGGGAGGUGUUUGGUGCAUGACAACCGUCUUCUCCGUGUUGAUAACCAGGCUGAAGGUCUCGCAGGCGGCAGAGAAAAGGACCAUGCUGCGUUGCAUGUCCUCUUCCGAAGUGGUGUUGAUGGUGCAGUCGUCAGUGAAGAGAAGUCCUUGAACGGUGCUGGUGGAUACGCGCGAUUGGAAGUGCCUCCACCGUUAAUUGUGGAGGUGGCCGUCCGUCAUGUGGGCGAUGCGAAUCCCGGAGCGUUCGACACGGUAGGCGUCCAUCAGCAUGGCAGAGAACAGGCGCCAGGACGCAUCCCUGCUCCACUCCGUUGGCCACUGCGAAUGCCUCUGAGACAGGUCCGUUAUUCGUGGUUCGUCCCAUAAUGCCGUAUUGGAGCUGACGGGUUCACUGACACACCGCACCUACCUAAGACCGUCGUUCACUAAUCCAAUUUCACUGACCCAGGCCUACUCUGAUCCAUUUGCUCUCGCCUCAACUGUCCACUCUGCCUACGCACAUUUAUUCACCGCAUAAGCCUACUCGGUCACAUCGGUACCUACGACAGCGGAAUUAACCGUAUUAUCGACCCACCGCGCACUAUCAUAAUGUCGUGUCACCAUCAACUCGUCGUUCACCGCGCCAAAUACAGCUACCACCACCACCACCACCACCACCACCACCACCACCACCACCACCACCACCACCACCACCGUGAAUUUUACAAGAGCGAAUAAAUGCGAGUGUACGAAAUUCUUAACAAAUUAAAUAACUAUAAAAAGUUGCCUAUAAACAAAGUAUGACUAAGAGCUGCCACAAGAAUGCGCAAGUCAACAUUCACUUUAAACUAAUUCACACACACAAACUACCGUGCCUGUUUUCAUUCUACUGUGGAGCACACGGAAAACAUCGUUGGAUGCGACGGUCGAACUAUCAUUCUCUGCCCGUCGGAGUCGUCUCUGGGAGGCUGGACUCUCGUUAGAGCGUCUUCUGUCCGACACUGAAUGUUAUGAUGUUAGGAGGCGCUCACCGAUUGUUCUUACGGAACUCAUUCACUCCGUUGUGCCUUACGGGCUCUCUCUAGAGCCCAACAAGCAGCCGCACAGCGGCGCAUGAUAUAUAGGCAGAAUGGUAUUACCGACAAAGACAAGGGAGAUGGGAAUGGCCAUUUCUGGCUUAUUAGCCGUCGUCAGCCAGUCGUAUCCAACCCCGAAGUGUGGCACACCCGAGGCUCGAACUCGCGACCUGUUUGUUAGAAGUCAACGCCUCUAAACACUGGGCCACGAGCUCGUUGCCUUGUCAGUUUUCGAUCGGGAAUAUACAAUGGUAGGAGGCGCUCACCGAAAACCGACAAGGCAACGGGCCCGUGGCCCAGUGGUUAGAGGCGUGGACUUCUAACUAACAGGUCGCGAGUUCGAGCCUCGGGUGUUCCACAAUUCGGGGUUGGGUAUGGCUGCACAUACAAUGCUCAGAUAAUAGAGAAUACAGUAAUGUACCGUACAGAGCAGAAAAAUAUACACAGGGCUAAAAUGCGUGUACGUGUGCUUACCGAUAACAAUGUUUAUUUAUGAUGACUAUGAUGAUAAUGAUGGUGGUUGUGGUGGUGGUCGUAGAAGUAAUAGUAGUAGUAGUAGUAGAAGUAGUAGUGGAACAAGCUGGGCAGGGGAGGCAUGAUGAGAGCGGGGCUGUAAGGAAGUGAGAUAUAUAUAUAUCGCUUGUCUCACACCAGCUUUGUUUAGUGAAUCCGACAUCCCUAAAGCUUUUCGACCACAUCCCGUCCACAUUUUUAUUUUUCCUUCCCGUCACCAAGGAUGAAAGCAUUUUCGUGGUUGGAGGGCAGACUACAGAGCAGAUUGGCUCCAACUGCGUUGACGAGUUCCUGGUGAAGGAAGGGCGCUGGCUCAAGCGGGUGCCCCUUGCCAUCCGACGCCGAGAUCACGCCGCCGCAGUCGUGAAGAUUAAAACCGCGGACAGGGAGGGUGGAGAGGAAGCAUUAAUUGGCGUUUUUGGUGGGUCCCACAAGGAAGGCGACACCUGGACAUCCCUUUCGUCGUGCGAAAUUUAUGACGUCAAUCAGGAUAGGUGAGCCCACCCGUGACGUUCGUAAGCAUUUACAUCUGUUAUUCACCGUUCAUGUCCCUCUCUCCUGUAUCUGGUCUUCCUCAUACUUCCCCAACAGAUGGCAUAAAUUACCUGAUCUGCGGGAGAAGAGGAACGCCCCAGCUGCUGCCUGCCUGCCUGGCGACAAUCGCGUCUUCGUUUUCGGCGGUAUGAAUAAUCCCUUCCUACGCGCUUCUGUGGAGUUCUGUCAUCUGCGAGCAGACUGGCGGCAUGUGGAGGCGAGUUCAGUCGGCACCGAUGACUUUUGGCUACCGGCUGCACCCAUGCGAAAUGCGCGUGCAUUUCUGGCAGCGGCGCCCUUCAGAGGAAGAAUCAUUGCCGCCGGUGGACAGAAGAAUGGAAAAGCUGUCAACAUUGUAGAGAUGUUCUCACCACCAGAUGCCAUAUGUCCGCUCGGCCAAUGGACAGAGCUCGCUAGGAUGAAACAUCCUCGCUCGUCGCCCGCCAUUCUCACAUCCGCGGACGCUGUCUUUGUUCUUGGUAAUGCAUACGCCUUUGUUCCAGAUUGAUGCAUAUUAAAAUCUAUUGAUUUGGUUCGAUUCAGCACCUUUUUCGACCCUUUAAUACGAAGAUAGAAACAUCGAAAUAUCCGUAUCUGCUCCUGGUUGCAGGUAAUGCGACACACGCUCGUGGUUCUAUGUACAUCGGAAUAAGAGCCGGCCUACUGACCUGUCCUUUUGCUUUCCGAUUUUCAAUCCAACAUUAUUAAAUUUCUUUAAAAUUUGUAGGUAGCACUAAAGAAUUCCGAAAUACGGUUGAGGCACUCUCUGCACCCGAAGGUCCUGUUGACGUCAGCAAUGACUUGACCUCCUGGAUCUGGUCGUCAAAGGGCUCAGUGGAAGCGCUUUGCCAUGUUGUUGGAGCUGCAAAAAUUCGCACUUAA